CCUGAAUGUUUUUUUAUUAUUUGUUUUUAACAUGUGGCGUCUUUAAUCCUGUUUAUCUACAGAACCAUCACUUUGAACACAGAGGAUGGGAACUUUUCCGUGUCGAUGUUACUGUACAAAGACGCAGCGUUUGAGGACAGAUGGACCACUGUGCCGUCACUGACGCUGGAUGAUAACAUCUUUGUGAAAGUCUUCAUGAUACCGGCGCAACUGAUGCUGCGUAUGGACAGAUGCUGGGCUACACCGACCAGCGACCCAUACAGCAAUAUUCAGUACACCUUCAUCCGAGACAGCUGCCCCGUGUUGUCAAACGAACAGACCCUGAGUGUGCCAAAGAAUGGCCAGGGCCCAGAGGCCACGUUCAGGAUACAAAUGUUCAAGUUUGUUGGCAGCUCUUACACCAACGUCUUCCUCCAUUGCAACAUCCAGAUCUGCCACAACACCCCGGGGCUGUGUCAGCCUAACUGUUCCAGUGAAGAAGAAUUCAUCAGGACACGCAGAGACAUCCCUCUGUCCCAUACGGUGUCUUAUGGACCAAUCAGACGACUACUCAACAGUGAACAGCCCAGUCCGAGUAGGUUUAUUUCAUCUCUGUAUCUCAUAUGGAUCUUAGAGCUUUAGCUAUUAAAUCUUCUAGAUAAAAGUGUAUCCAAUUCAUAUAAAAAGUGUGGUUCCACCUGUGUCCUUUUCUCUGUAGAUGCAGGCGGAUUCCCUCACGUGGAGACUUUUGUCCUCGGAGGGCUGCUGGUCAUCUUGCUGCUGAUCUCAGGAGUGUUUGGGAGGCUGUGGUUUCGCUCCAGACGUUUCUACCCAGCGAGGGAGGCGCAGCUCACUCUGUCCAACAUCCACCACAUCUCAGAGGUGGCCUCAUGAAUCAGGGCAUCACGGACCUUUU